CUUCGAGAGGUAAACCAAAAUCGACACUAAAAUAUCCAAAACCCAGCAAAGGACUCAACAGGAUGAAGCUGCUCAUUGUCAUCUCCGCUCUGGUGGCCUGCGUCUCCGCCGGCGUGGUGCGAUCCUCUGGAUGGGGAUCCUCCAAUCCUUGGGGCGGCAGCAGCAGCAGUGGCUGGAACAGCGGAUGGUCCUCCUCCCAGCCGCAGGUCAUCAAGGUUAUCAAGAUAGGAGGCGGCGGCGGCGGCGGCUGGGGCAACUCUGGAGGAUGGGGCGGUAACUCAGGUGGAUGGGGCGGCAGCUCUGGAGGAUGGGGAGGUAGCUCCGGAGUCUGGGGUGGCAAUUCCGGCGGCUGGGGCGGCAGCUCUGGUGGAUGGGGCGGCAACUCCGGCUGGAGCAGCGGCAAUUCUGGCUGGAACAACGGCUGGGGCAGUUCGGGCUCCAACAGCGGCUGGUGGUGAAAGGACUACUCCUCCCGAAAGGACACUUCUCCCUCGCCCACCUCUGGCCACCCUGCCCCCUCUGGUUCGCACAACACCGCCCACCCUCCCCUGGAAUUGUAACAUAAAUACUUAACAUAAA